AAUGAGCCCUUUAUAUCCACAUGGGGAGCGGGUCUUCUUCCAGGGAUUCCGCCAUGUUGCUCCGCCAUGUUUCUCCAAAGGCAGAGCAGACAAACCAAACACUGGCUCUGGAGCCUUCGCUGUCCACGCAGGUGCAGGGAGCCUUUCUGGCGGGAACUCCAGUACGGAGAGUGCUGCUCAUACUAAAGAUGGACAGAGGCGACAACUCCAGCGCUGUGAGUUGCAAGUUAUGUGGAGAGGCCUUCUAUCUGCCUGAGGAUGAAGUUGAUGGCAACCUCCCCCGUGUGCUUUUAUGUGGCCACAUCUACUGCACAUCUUGCCUGCGGUCCAUUGAAUUCAGCAGUGUCAUUAGGUGUCCAGAGUGUGAGGUUGAGUCAAGUCUUCCUGAAGGUGGGGUGUGUGGGCUGCAGGAAGAUAGCAGAAUCAUUGGCCUCAUCUACACUGCUAAAAUGAACAAGAUGAAAAGGAGGUACACCAGGAGGAACAAACGGUUGUCAUCCACAGAUAUUAAUGCCAAUACUGAGGAUGUGGAGCAGCCAGCUGAUAUUGAGAAGAUUGAGAAGGCGGUGGAUGAAGCGUUGGCCAGGGCUGCAGAAAAUCUUGCCCAGCUGGAACACAUGCACGAGACUCUGACGACGGGUCUGGCAGAGCAGGUGAAAAGAGAGCGAGCUCGACUGGUGAUGGAGAUCAAGCAGGCUGCAGACAAGGCUGUACACACUGUCCAAAAGUGGAAAGAUGUGCAGUUGAAUCAGCUCACAAAACUGGAGGAAAAAUUCUCCGCCAGCCAGUCAGAGGUGUGCCGUGUCCAGGAGAGGAUGAAGGCCCUGGAGAUUGCCAUGCAGAUGGCCAGGGAAGUACGCCGCGUCCCCUUCCUGGAGCAGUACUGCACCCUGGAUAAGGUUCUGGAGACUCUGCAGGCACCUGUAGAUAACCAGUCCUUUGAUAUGAAGUGCAUUACUCUGGGCUCAGGAAUGAGCUGUGUUUUCCAGUCAGAGGGUCUGAACCAGAGUCUGGCAUUGUCUCUGAAGAUGGAAGUCAGCAACCCAAGGCAUUUUUCCGAGUCUCCACUCAAAGACCACCAGCCGGGCAUCUCCAACAGAAAUUCCCGCUGGCAACAUGCAGAAGGCAGAAACAGCAGCUGUAUCCCUCUGGGUCACAAUAGACCCCCCAACCGGCAAAAGCAGGACCAGGAGAGCCUGGGAACUAACAGUCUAUCAUCACGAGAAUCCUCCCCAAGCCCAAGACCUCGCCGCAGGUCCAACCUGUCUCGUCACAGCUCUGUCUCAGACCUCGGAGCUCCAGACGUUAUCAUUGAGGAGCUUUUAGACCAGGGACAAGAGCAUGCUCUCCCUCCCACUGGGCCCGAGCUGGCCAAUGACAAAUUGAGAAUCAACAGGAGAAGGAAAAAGCCUUUGCCUGGCAGUAAGAGAAAUGUCUCCCAGUGGGUGGUGGUGACACAUGUUGUGAAUCCCAGUCACUUCUAUGUCCGCUAUGUGGCUGAGAGGAGGGAAAGUGAGAUCCUGUCUAAGAAGAUCUACCACCAAUGCUGCAGAGAUAGUUGUUGCUUCUCCUCCAGUGACACAGUUGAGACUGGCUCCACAGUCUUUGUAAAGUCAAAGGAGGGACUCUGGUGCCGGGCCAGUGUGGUUGAAGUCAUCCAGAAUGACUGUGGGGAGGCUGUGAAAGCCUGUCCAGUCACCCAGCUGGCCAGUGUCCGAGUCUUCUUCCUAGACUAUGGCCUCACCAAGACUAUCACCAUACAGAGUGAGGACGGGGCCACCGAGUCCUCACUGAAGGCUGUGAACAAUCACCUGAAGAAGAUGACUGUGGACCUGGGUCACUUUGUUCCUCAGGCCAUCCGAUGUUCCCUCAAAGACCUCGUCCCGUAUGACCUGACGAAGGGCUGGAGUAAAGAGGCACAGGUUGAAUUUCAGAGUGUGGUUGGCUCUGCAGCAGUGGAGAUGCGGCUGUUGGGUCAGGACAGAGACUCUUUGUUGGUGGACCUGAGGAAAGCUCCCAUGGACCAGUCCAGCGAUGUGCCCAUCUCUGUCAGAGAAUACCUUGUUUUCAUUGAAGUGGCCAGGUUUUAUUCUCCAGUGACAUUGGGCAGGAGGCCCCUGCUGUACUAUCCUCCUAACUAUCCCAAGAUCAACACAGAGCUCAACGCUGUGGUGUCCCACAUCAACAAUCCUGCUGACUUCCACAUCCAGCUGGUUGAUAAUAUGGAGUCCUUGUUGCUCUCAGCCAAGCUUCAGGAUUGUUACAAUGCGACAACAGUGGCAGGAGACGAUGACCUCAGUGUUUACUGCCCUGUCAUAGGACAGGCCUGUGUUGCCCGCUUUGAGGACAAGUUGUGGUACAGAGCUCAGGUCAUAGGUCAUCCAGGGGGCAGGAAAGUGGAGGUGCGAUAUGUAGACUUUGGAAAUAAGAAAAUCCUCUCAGUCAGUGACCUGAGGAAGAUAAAGGAUGAGUUCUUUGCCCUCCCUUCCAUGGCAAUCCACUGCUGCCUGUCAGAUGUGUUUCCUCUGGAUGGAGAGACCUGGGGUGAUGCCUGCACCAAGAGAUUCAUCAGCUUGGCUCACCAGAAACUGGUCACUAUUUUGGCUACAGGAAGAGUCCCCAAGACUGAGCCUCUGCCAGUCAGACUGUUUGAUGGCGGCCUGAAUGGGCCAGUAGCCAAUAUAGCCGAGCUGCUGGUCACAGAGGGGCUGGCUUGCUUCAAAGAGAGACUUAAAUCCAAGGAUCCCAGGCCCCCUGGCGAUGACCGUGCCGUAUGGGAUCCACCACUUGAGCUUGGUUCGGCCGCGGAGGGUCUUGAUGCCCCUGACCAAAACAUCACUGGAGAACAGGAUGAGGAGCUGCUUGAGUUUAUGCCUCAUCUGAAGAUAUCUGCCAAGCUCAAAGACCUGAAGGUCAGAGUCAGCCACGUCAACUCACCCAGCAGCUUCUACGUCCAGUUCACCCAGUACGACACUCAGCUGAAAAGCAUGUGUGAGCUCGUGAAGAAGGAGUGUGAGCCUAUGGAGCCCCAAGAUAUGGUGUGGAAGGCAGACAUGUACUGUGCUGCUCACAUUAAUGGAGUUUGGGAGAGAGGACAGAUCUGCUCUGACGUCACAUCCAGUAACAUUGCUGAGGUGAUUCGCUGUGACCAUGGGAACAAGGUGAAGCUGCACAUCAGCAACCUGCGGCCACUGCCGUCCUCCUUGAUAGGUUCACUGGCACUGGAGUGCACUCUCACUGACAUCAGGCCAGCGGGAGGCCGAUCCACCUGGACAGCCACAGCAUGCGACUUCAUCUCCUACUACUUAACUGGAGCCUCAGCUGUUAUGACUAUCAAGGAGUUGAAAGAUGAGCGUCCAGUGCCCGUCACUCUGUUUUGCUCCAACAGGAUGGGACAGUUUGUCAGCAUUGCAGACUUUCUGGCUAGCGAGGGCCUCGCGCUCAAGGAGAGGAAGCCAGCGUCAGUGGAGACUGUCGUUCAAAAAUCCAAAGAAACUGAUGCAAAGUCUCCAGUAGGCGAGACACAAGCAGAUGGCUCUGAUGGCGAGAAAAAAAAUCCUCCUACUCCUCCAGCUCCUUCUAUCAUUCCUGUCCCCUCCCCAUCCUCACUUGUCUCCACUCCCACCCCUCCAAAACCAGCUCCCCGCACCAUUAUGUCUGCUGAAAAGGUGAAGACUCAGUUGUACCUUCCCCCAGAGCUGCCGUGUCUCGGUCACAUCCAGAUGACCAUUUCUGCCAUCGGAGAGGACGGCCUCAUUUAUGCCAGAGGACAGAAUGCAGAGUGUCAGUUGGAGCAGCUGAGGGAGAGGAUUCAGCAGAGCAUGAAGACACUUCCCAGACAGAAGCCAUACACCUGGAAGUUCGUCCAGGGCUGUGCCGUCAUCGGACCUGAUAUGUUGUGGUACAGAGGGCAGCUGCUGGAGUUGCUGGGAGGACACGUCAAGGUACAAUAUGUGGACUACGGUCUGGUGGAGAAUAUCCCAGUGGUCCAUGUUUACCCCAUGCUGCUGUGUGACGAUGUUCCUCAGCUCUGUAUGCCCUGCCAGCUGCACCGCAUCAACCCUGUUGGUGGUAGGUGGCAGCAGGAUGCAGUAGCGCUGCUAAGGGAGAUGUUGUUGAGCCGCUGUGUGGACAUGCAAGUCAUGGAGCUGCCGACUGACCCAAGGGGACCGCUCACUGUUGAGAUCUUUCUGGACGGGCUGAGCCUCAGCAGGAUCCUGUGUCAGCACGAACACGCUUCCAUGGACCGGGCUGCCAUAGCACAGAAGCAGGGACACUCGGUGCUGCCUGUUGCCCCCUUCCUGGACGACUGGGACAUUGACACUGAGGGUCUGAGGGACCCAGAGGAGCCAAUGCUGGGGCCCUUUAUCUACCCAAACCUGCCUCAGGAGGGAGAGCAGUUCCAGGUCAGGGUCAAGCACCUGUGGACGCCAAACGAGUUGUUCCUGUGGCCUUUGGAGGGGACAGCUGAUGUGGAGGUGGAUGGAGAGACUCUGGAUGAGGCUUUGGCCAGAAUUAAUGCAAACAUUGACAGUCUGUCACGACUCACCAACUUCCCACAAGGCGGUCCAUGUCUGGCAGAGUACAGUGAUGGGAAGUACUACCGGGCCAAGCUGAUGAAAUUCACCAGUGUGGAGCCCAUCAUGAUCCUGGUCCAACAUGUAGACUUUGGCUCCGAUGACACUCUUCCCACCAGCAAGCUGCGUCAGAUGCCUGCUGAGCUGCUGCGGUUUCCGUCACGGGCGCUCAAGGUCCGUGUUGCGGGCUUUAAGGCUCCCAGCGUCAACAGGCAGGAAGACGUGCUGCCCUACAGCCCCGGCUGGAGCGUGAAGGCUGCCAUGGACAUGAUCGACUUGUUACACAGCAACAUCACAGCCUCUGUUGUGGCCCAGAAACCAGAGCUCACAGUGCUGCUGUACAACGAGGAUGGAAAGUUAGUCCAUCUGCCUCUGGUGAGAAGCGGCCUGGCAGAGCUGGAGUAAAGCCCAGCAGAGACUGACUCUCAACCCGCUGGGUACAGUUCAUGUUAACUUGCUGACGUCCUGUUCUGUGAUCAUCUUGAUUUCUUUCUUGUGCUGCUUAACUGCUGUUCUUAGUUUUUAGAUUUUCCAGAAUUGUUGCACUUGUCUUUGUUAGUUUUUCUGUGAAGCAGCUAAUUGUUUUAAGUUUGGCUGUUGUGUUUGAGUGAGCUCUGUUGAAUAAGCACUUUGUUUUUUACUCAUUUAAGUCAUGUAAGACAGACUCGUCUGUAUGAAGGUUACAGAUUAAAGUCUUCAAUCGCUGUCUGA